GAAUGGAGAGAAAGAAUUUUGAUGAAUGAAUCCGUUUGCAUAUGGCCUAUAAUCACUUAAUGUAUUCGACAUAAUAUUGUAUAGUGAGCAAUAGCCAACGGAUACUGAAUUAAUACAAUAUGACAAGUCUGUUGAUGAGUGAUUCUAUGGUGAUAAAUCAAGAAAUCACAAAUUUGAAUAAUAUGAGCCAACAGCAGCAGCAAUUGAUACUGAACCAGCAACCACACGCGCAGCAGCAACAACAGUUGAUGGAACAACACAUAUCGCAGUAUGAAGAACAAAAUGGAAGGCAAUCCAUGUAUACUGAGCAGAUGCAACAAAUGCAAAUUCUGCACGAACAGCAGCUGCAACAACCGGAGAAUCAGUAUGAUCAAAUUGCUAUAACAAAUCAGUUGAAUCAUCAGCAGAAUUUUCAUUACGCUAAUCAAAUGAAUGAUCAGCCUGUACAAACGUUACAGCAGAAGCACAUGAAUCAGCAACCAAGACGUUUCCAGCAAAUGCAAAGACAUAAUGUUCAACUGCAUCAAGUCAGUUCUCUCGACGCUUCUCUACAACCAAUGCAGAAUUAUGACCGUCAUCAUGGCAAUGACACUUUUGUUGAGAAUACACAGAACCGAAAUCGGGCACAGACGUUGUUACACUCGCCGAUGCGUCACUGCCACCACCAUUCCAUACAACAUCCGAAGGGUCAGAAUUACCACAGAACGCCAAAUCAAUCGCAAGACCAAUUUUAUAUGCAGCUUCCGCAUCAGCAACAACGUUUCAAUAACUCGGCUAUAAACCCUCAUAUAGAUAUUAUACAACCGAACAGAUCGAUAGCUCCGAAUAUAAAUUCAUCGGAAGAUCGACGAGGGCAUCAUCGAAUACAUAGUGUCAAUGAGGAGGAUAUUAGAAGCAAAGAAAUGACUCAACAAAUAUAUCAACGUCGGCUGUUAAUGCACAAUCACGGAAGACAGAGGCAUCACGUACAAAGUGGAAAUUUGCAAAAUAUAAAUAAUGAUAAUAUGCAAGGAAUAUAUAAGCAGCACCACUCGCAAUUUCAAAGAAAUUACGAUGAAGUAAAACGUUCUCAUAUGGAGAUUAAAGAUUAUCAGCCGUAUAUGAUUGUCAGUCAAGCAAGUGAAUGUUCGACGGUGAGCAAUAUUAUUGAAAGUAAUGCACCUUCUGGGCAACCUAAUAAUUCCCAUUUCAACCAACGAACCCCAAUGUGGGAAGAGAAUCGUCACCCUCAGUCUUCUCAUCACUCUCUCCCGAUAUCUGUCAACAACGGCACAUGCAAUAAUAUGGAUCGUGUACCUCCUCUUCAUCAUCAUAUACCUCCAAUUCCAACAUGGCCCGAUGAAGUGGCCAGAAAAAAGGAGAAACCGGCUAAAUCUCUGAUCAAGAAACCGAGACAUCACGUAGCAGAGAUUAGAAGUAAUCACGUUCAACAAUCUAAUACUAGUUCCAGAGAAGACCUCGAUGGGUCUCCAUCGAAUAAUCAGAUUGGAUCAACAGUUGGCAAUUCACCAAGUUUCCUGGAAGAUCCCAGUGGCUAUUUAGCUCAACAGACUGCUCUGCUGAACAAUACGAUAUCGAAACAAACUGGGGUCAGUAAUUCACGAAUGAUUUUAAGCACUCCAAAAGUUACACGGAUUAACAACAACCAAGAGAAAUCUUCACAGUAUGUUCCACAGCCGGAGCGAUCUUCAGCAAUAAGUCCCAUCAGUUUGUCAAAGAACUCAGUCAAGUAUUAUAAUACAUCACCCAUUAUUGUGCACAGCAGCAUGACUCCAACGUCGGUCGGUGUUAAUUCCAAUGAUACAGACGACAAUGCAUGCCAGGGAUGUCUAAUAAGUCGAAAUACUCAGUAUGUGCAGGACCAGUAUAAGCACCAGCAUAUGAAUCAAGAUCCAGUGACGUCAUCCACCUUCAGUGAAAGAUUGUCAACGAAUCCACACAUGGACCCGAGACCGAUCCAAGGUGAAACCAUUAGCACAAGUCAUGAGUCACCAGUUCGUAUAAACAGUCCAGCAAACUCUGAUAACCCUUCCUCGUCAGUAUCUGGUAUCUUCUCACCUGUAUCACCUCAAAGUCUUAUAUCAUCACAACCAUCCUCUCCCCGCAGUUACUCUCAGCCUCCGACUCCUUAUACAAAUCAACUUUCUCCCCAAUUAAUGACACCAGUCAGUCAACAACCAUCCCAUUCUUUUGUUACUGAAACUCAAGAACAACCAGUCUCUAUAACGUCAGCGUCAAGUACUUCAUCGUCAAGCCCCUGCUCCCAAAGGACACUUCGCCCUAAAAAUCCUUCAUCACCCUUAUUAAAAAAGUGCGCAUUACGACAACGAACAUCCAAUGGCUAUCAAUCCCAUUCUUAUACCACGGCCUCAGUAUAUUUACCAAUGAUGCCCUUCCAUAGUUCCACAGCAAUUACAACCAUGGCUAGUGGCCACACAUUCAGUUCUGGCACACUAACUUCGGUGUCAGCUGGUAAAGCUAAUACGGUGACUGUAUCGAUCAAUAUGCCCUCCAGCAUUCGCAAGACGGUGAUUCCGAAUAUUCUGUCAACUAAAGAUCAGCAUCCAAUUACGACGUCAACGAAUAUUGUCACAUCAACAAUUGUAAGUCCCACAAAUUCAUCUACAAUCAAUUACGGUCACAUGAAAAAUAGGGUCCUUUCAAAGUCUCCUUUGGAAAUGGCACAGAGUGUUGUUAGUAGUAUUCAAUUACCUCCAGUGAGCGCCAAACCCACUGUAGCAUAUCACCAGGCUCAUUUGACUCGACUACAUCGUGAUCAUCAUCUACAGGAGCAACAACAACAACAACAGCACCAGCAGCAAACACAUCAAUUGUCCCAGCUACAACAACAACAACAACAACAACAACAACAACAGUCGAAUCUUCAAGCUCACAACAUGUUGACGUCAACGGGAAUGUUGAAACAGUCAGCCUCAUCCACUCUCCCCGCAGGUCACAUCUUAGUUCCCAGCGUUAGUCAAUUGAUAAUGGCUAAUAGUGGCAUAGAAAUUAGUGGUAUCAUGACUCCUGCUCGAACUAAGAUAAUUUCAAAUACCAGUUCAAUGGUGCCAAUUUCAGUCUCGCCAAUGGUAACGAGUAUUACUGGGGCCAUCAGCCAAGUAAUACCUACAGUUCAUGUAGCACACCAAGUGAUAGGUCAGCCUACGGUUCUCGUCAAUACCAUUCAAACACCUGUGCUCAUACAGCCAAGUGUUAUGACUGUAGAUGAAAUUGGGCAGAAUGUUGUAAUACCGCAUUUAACAGUUACUACUAACAAUGGCCUCCAGAAUACACAAUCAAUAGGCGAAACGAAUCAGGACGUGACGAGAAAAAUUGGUAGUACUGGUACUGCGAAUAGACAGCCGACAUUACUAUCGCCUGAGACAGGAAUGAAAAAGAAGGUUUACAAAAAACGAAAGAGUAAUCCAUCGACAGCAGGUUCUAUACUGCAUAUUGCUCCAUCACCACAAAACACGAGCAUGCUCAUACAAGCUCAGUCACACUCUGCACAACAAAAUUUUGAAACGCAAAAUGUCGGAGCCCCAAUGUUCCAGGCGUUGACGAUUAUACCUGAAAAGGGCGGAGUACCUGCACAACUAGUUAUGAAUGGACAAACCGAUGCAACAUCGCAGCUCAACACACAACAAAUCAUCACUAACUCACAACCCACACAACACAUUAGCCUCUCACAACCGAUUAAUCUGCUCAACAGUGCUACUGGCAUGGUCCACAACUUCUCAACUAUUCAGCAGUUCACCUUACCGGGCUUGGGUAGUAUGGUAAUGUCUGCUGAUGGAACGGCGACUUUGUUACAGAAUAUGGAUAACCUCGGUAUGCAGCUUCAGAUUCAGAAUGUCAAUGGUCAGAACGUUUUGACACCCGUGCAGAGUCAUUCUAACAUUUUGAAUCCAGUGCAAAAUGUCCUUGCAGCUGGAGCUGUAGAGAUGGUUAUAAGAACGCCUCAAACUGGGGAUGGCAAAAUCAUUCAACAACACACUCCAGGGGUUCAGUUUUUUUCUCCGAAUAGUGGACAAUUUCUCGUCAAUGAACAGGCUUCUUUCGGGAAUCAACUAAGUCCGAUGGUAGCCAAUGUUAGCCCCAAUCGACAAGUCAUGUUGAACACAUCUCAAGUACGGCCUCCCAAUAUUCAGGAGCAACAGGAGUUUAUUCAAAUGAAUGAACAGACUCUUAUGGUUCCCUGUGCAACUGAACAGAAUCUCGCUGGUUCUUCUGCAUCAAAUGAGCAAAAUACCACUUUCGUUCAACAGAAUACCACAAUUGUACAGCAGCAGACAACAAUGGUCUCAAAUAAUAAGAUAUCAGAUUUUCCAAUGGUUGGGACCACUAAUGGGAGUGUUGAUCUCUCUCUGUAUAUCGACCACAAUCACUCAUAUGUUUUGAGCGCUGGAACAAUCCAUGAGACAUACUCAAUGUCACCAAAGAGUGUUAUUAACUCAGCUUCAUCAGAACUAAGUAUGGAUCAACAAACGCAACAACUGCAUUCAGUUUCAACGCAACCAGCUGGGAAUCAGCCGAAUAUCGGAGAGGCAGCGUUAAUGCGAUCUCUGACCACAACCCACAGUGCGGAUAAUGGUCAGAGAUCGAAUAGUCCGGCCAUCGAUACUAUAACUCACGUGGCAGCUUCGACGCCACCACUUGCGGAUGCUAGACAUUAUUCAUCAUCAAUGGUGAGUCCAGUAUAUUAUUGGAAUGACAUUUUUCCUACAUUGGAGAUUGAUGGUACGGGGUAUUGGCAAACGGUAAAUGCAUUUCACUUGAUUUUGACAAACUGGACCUCUUCUAUUGCAACCUUCUUCGUUCAUCUCAUGCAAUCUUUUUUGUAGAGCCAAUGAUUAAAUACAAAAUAAAAAAUGGGCUUUGUCCUAUUUUUCUUAGACUUUGACUAGAAUACUCUUCGCAAACUCAUCUGGAAAGUGAACCAACGUACGUACGCCACCGCCUUGUCUCUGAAUUGAAAGAAAUAGUUUAAUCUUUUUUGCUUCUGAACUAAAUCGUGAUAUUUGUCAAACUUUCAGAUGUUCUAAUUUUACUGUGGAAUGAUGUAUAAUACUCAAGAAAGGGGAAGACAAUUUCAUCAAGUAUAUGUACGCCCAUAUUUGAUAAUUCCAUUUUCUGGUUGACACUUAUUAAAAAACAUGCACCGUAGCCUAUUUGACAAGAGCCAUGUAGCCAGUACGUUAUGCCUUAUUAAUAUUUGCUUUUUUUUCUUCCAGUGAGAAGUGUUGGAUUCUGAAUAAAUGAAAUUUUAAACACAGAUUUAUUCUUAAAAUAAUUGAUCUGUUAUUUCUGAAACACUAGUUUCAAUAGCCAAGUUGUCUGAAAAUUUUGGAGCACGAAUGAACUACCCUACUUGAUGUGUCAAUUUAGAACUGCCUGAAAAUCAACGAGUCCUCAGUUUUUUGCACUUGAGGAUCUGCGAGAAAAAUAUAGAGUGAGGUUUAUGGGACUUGUAUCGUAGAGUCUAGGAUGGUUGGGCAUUCCUCGAUGGAUUAGAUGUCAUUGGAGGUAAUUGAAAUUAAAUUGGGGAAAAGCGAGGGGAUUAGGAUGAUAUGGAAAUGUGAUGGAAAAUAUUAGGGUAUGACAUCCCCCCACUUAAAAUUGAAAAUACAAUUUUCGAUCAAAAGUAUAAAAAAAUUACAAAAGUAAUCAAAAUACUUGAGUAUUGUAUAAAUCCAGAUAAUGGAAUUUUUGUGAUCUACUAAUCAAUAGAGAAAUGGUAGUAAAUUAUACUAUAUGUAUACGUAGUUGUUUUUUUUUAAUUAUAAUACAGUUGUGCUCUUUCGUCCUUUGAUGCGGUUGGAACGUCUCAACGAAAGCGGAGGUUUGUGGUCUGAAUCGUCAGAGGUUUCUUGGAGUCGUUUCGAGAUUGGUGCUAGGGAUCUACCAUGGUUGAUGAUGACUUCUGAUGAUUGUUGCAAAGGUUCUAGGCGGAUGUCACAGCCACUAUUACCAUUGACGAAGUUUUUAAUGACGAGCACGAUAGACUCUGUUCCCAUAUCAACCAUAUUGGAGGCAGAAUCGCCUGAUGAGUUUUAAGAAUUCUAGUAUCGAUCGCAGCAGUAGGUGAUGAUGAUAAAGAGUAUGAAGCUCGUAAUACUGAAGGUAGUGGUAAUCCAGGAUGAUGUUGUUUUGCUCGUUGAAAAUUGAUUGAUUCUUGUAGAUGGAAUUUUAUUGAUCUUGUUCAGUUUCCCGUUGGGUACCUUGAUAUCGUUGGAAUCAAUGUUGAUAAAUAGCAUCAGCUCCAGAUUCAACGGAAUCGGAUGAUCUUCUUUAUUUUCUUCACAAUUUAGGGUUUGAGAAAUUUCGAGAUUGAUUAUAGAGGUUGUGUUCUUUUCAUCAUUACUACUAGUCUCCAAAAUAUGAGAGUUGGUGUAGCGCUUACAAUUUGUCGUUGAGUUGAGGAAUUCCGGAAUUUUACAAACUGAUAUUUCCAAUGUGAUUCUGCGAUUUUGUCUCGCACAUUAGAGUUAAAGUGAUGGGUUUCUGAAGGAUGCAGAUCCAUUGAUUAGCUUCCCAGUAAUGCCAGAAUUCAAUGAUUACUUUAGAAAUUCUAGUGAUACAGGAACUCAGAGGACGUUUGAUGUGAGACAGCGGGAGUUGGAUUUCGCAGUUGGAUUAAUCAGAUGUAUUGAUGAUGGGUUGUCCAUAGCAAAUGUAUUUCUUGCUAAGAGGUUCUUCACAUUCCAAAAAGAAACUGGAUAUAAGGAAUUGGGAAUCGGACUGGGACAUAAGGAGAUAAUCGGAUUUCGGUAAGAUAUAUAUGAAAUUGGAAAAUGAUUCAUUGAAAAUUGAUAAUACAAUUAAAGGGUACAUGUUGAAAAUCGUUUUUGUAACUACGGGAAUAUGCAAGGCACAGGUUACUUCAUUUUUUGCUGUUGACACUUGAAGAUUUGCGAUAUUGUAGGAAAGCGUAAUAUUUUGUGGAUCUGCUUUUGUGAAAAAUUCAAAUUGAUCGUCGUAUUUUUGUAAUUCUGCGUAAAACAUUUGUGGGGUGAUGAUUGAUAACAAGAUUUUGUUAUAUAUAGCAAGUUGGACAGCAUUGAUAAAUCGAGUGUAGCCUCGUAAAAUUAGUGAACAGAUAGCAAAUAGUCCAGAGACUUGAUCAUUCAGUUAUCUAAGUUAAUAAUAGAAAGUCUGAUUGAAAAAUGAUCAUUUUUUCUUAAAUUAUCGUUCAUUGCCAUCUCCUGACUUUGAGUCAGAUGAAUGAACGAGUUAUUAACUUUUUUGACGGUGUUCGCUAUAAUCCGAAUUUGUGAUUUCACGGAAGUUUGUAUCUCAUGGUCAUUGUGAAAGAAUAAUUCAAUAUUAUCACUACAGUAGCUGGCAUCAUCAGCAUCUGGUAUGCCGGACAACCAGUUGAAUACGUGGGAUACCCCAGUGGUGAGUCCACGUUUUUGUUUAACUGAAUUUAUGACCGAUUGUUGUAAAAUUUCUUUUUCCUUUUCAAUUCUAUUCAUUUCUUCGGGAAUUAUUUGUAAACUGCAUUUACAAUGAAAAUGGCCAGGGUUUAUUUCAGAUAAAUCUUUUAAAAACGUUUUGAAAAAGGUUCGUGUUAAUGAGCAAUUUGGUAUUAAUAUUUGUGAAGCUUGAUAUAGAUGUGUAUAAUCGAUGUCAGUUACGAGUGUUAAUUUAUAAUUGGAGAUUUGUGCUGUUCCUUUUCCAUUGAAAAGUAUUGCAUUGGAACCAUUUAGAGAGCGAAUGUUGUAAUAAGAGCAAUCAACUAGAAGGAAAGGGAGGAGAAGCUGUAGGAGUUUCAGAACUAUCUGAAAAAUAUCAUUUCAGGAGGUUAGUAUAGUAUCUGGUAGUCUUUUUACCUACUUCUACGUCCAAUUUGUGAUUUUUGUGAAUUUUAGUGAUUUUAAGGGGUCCUUUGAAUUAUUAUGACAAUUUUUCCCUUUAACGAUUUUACCUCGUUGAUUCCUUUUGGAACUCGAGUAGGAAGAUAAAACUGAGCGCUAUCAAAUGUGGUCCGGAGGAAAUGGGUUUAUUGAAGUUGGGGUAUUUUACGACGAUAAUGACUCGUUUAUUUUGAUGACUGGAAUGUGGGGAUUUUUUGGAUUAAAAGAGAGGACAGGAAUGAGACUGGAGGAGACUUUAGUAAUUUAAAUGUGUCCUAUUGGUAAAUAAGAUUGAACAGAUGUGGAGACAUUUUUGUGGAUGACAAUAGAAGACGACUAUAAUUCGAUAACAAAGUCUUAAGACGGAGAUAUAUACAAUCAUUUGCAAAAAUAAAAUCGUUAUUAAAGGCUUAACUGAUGGGUUUUUUUGAGCAAAUGUUCGACAAUAAUCAUUGAGUAAUUCAAGAAAAUUCAAACAAAUAUUUUCAUUCAAUAUUAAAUGUUUGAAUUCAGAAUAAUGUGUUUACAUCGGAUGAAUGUAUUAGAUUCUCUAGUACCAUGUAGCACGCCAGUUUAAAUACUUUCGUUUAUCGAAGGUUCAAGAAUUGUCAUAGAGUUGUGUGAGGGACAAUGAUAGGCAAUAUCUGUCCCGAAUUCCGACGUUUGGAAUGUUUAAGAUACUACGGAAAAAGAAAUAGAGAAAUUAAUUUAUUGUGGCUCGCACCACAAAAAAUAUAAUUAUUUUGCAUUAGUUAAGAUUGUAUAUCUAAUAUUCUGAAAACGUAUCAACACUGAUCUUAAUACUAAUAAUGAAACGAUGAUGCAUCACAAAUUUUUAAGAGUAACAAUAAAAAAUAAUAAUCGGCUAGUCAGCAUAAUUCAAUAACCAAUAAAUGCAUGACUAUAACUGACAUUCGGCAAAUUCAUCUUAUUGAGGAAUGAUUCCUCUUUUUUUCUAAAGCCAAGUCCAAGUUAUCCUGACCGAAAUCCAUUCAACGUUUCAACUGGCACGCACAAGACACGCGACCAUGGACUAUUCCAUAACUUAAAAAGACAUUUGUUGUAUCCAGUAUGAAGGGUACUUCUUAUUAUUCUGGUUCUAUGUUAAAAAAACUAAAUCGCAACAUAAUUUAUUGGUAUUUACCUAAUAUUGUUUAUUAUAGAGAAUUAAGCGUACUUGUUCACUCAUUUUCUAUACAUCAUUGAUAUUAAAGGAAUACAAUGGUCUUUGCCCAUUCGCGCUGUGACCAUCCUCGUCUCUCUUGUGCGAGUAGUAAUGCGCUUUACUGGAAUGAUAUCCUAAAAAACAAACAUUUGAAAGAAUUCAAAAAAUUAAAAAACAACAUCCAAGCCCAUGGAGCCCUCCUUCACAUUUUUGAAAAAUCAACGUUGUGAAUGCCGUCUUUUUAUCUAAGACCACCGUGCCUAAUGUACAACCACAAAAAAAAUCGUCAAUAUCAUUGAAGAUGGUGAGGGUUUGGGCCUGGUCAAGGUCACAUGGAAUUCCCCAUAUAUUUCAGUCAUUACUAAUAUUUUUAAAAGUUCGCUCGAAACAGUGAUUAAAACUCGUUUUCAAUAGGAGAAGAGUUGAGACAUAUAAAAUAAUAAUGGGAUGGCUUUAAGAAAACAUUGUGGAUAGUAAAUGGAAAUCACAGGUUCAUAUUUUUCAAAUAGAACUACUACAAGCCCAACCGGAAGUACACUAAUUAUUCAAAUUAAUAGAAAUGAAAAGAAAAAGAAAUCGUUGCAAAACAUAGUAAGGCUUAUAGAUGUGUGUCUUCUGACUGAUGCGUUGUCGCUUGUGAAUCACAGCGGAGGUGUAAACAAUAUGUAUACCACCUAUAUUCUAGGCUGCCCUGGAGACUUGAGGGUUCCCGAUUGUUUGUGAAAUUAGUUACGUGAGAUACUAUCUGAAACAAUCACCCUAGCCUCUUAUACUAUCUGUUUCAAAAUGGCAAUACAAUGGUGGAAACAAUAUUUUUUAGAAUAUUCAGAAUAAUGGGAAUGUUGCUUGCUAUUUCAAUUAUCCUGUCUUCAAUCCAUACUCCCGACGAGAUAAUUAUAUCCAUAAAUCUCAUGGAAACAGCAUGAGAUUUCACUAUUAGAUAUUACGAUUGGAACUGCUGAUAUGUGAUUUUGUAAUUUUCUCAACGUUUCUAGGGAGUUUCAAAGGGCUUGGAUGUUUCUGUGAAAAUUGGUUGGAGGAAAAUUUCAAUAGCGUUGAUACUGUAAAAUAGUAUAGUUAUUGGCUUAAAUUUCCCCAUCACCUUCUUGUAAAAAAUGCAAUUUUGUUUGAUUUUUAUGGAAUUUCAUGGAAUGACUGACAGGAAG